AUGGCAAGCCAAUCUGCUUACGAACCUUUCUCCACCACGGAAUCGUUCACACAGUUCCCAACUACUUCACAUUCAUUCGCCUAUAUCGACGCUCCAUAUGGUGUGUCGCUAACUUCAGUUGAUUCAUACCCCCCUAUGAGCGCAGCGUUUGACUACUCAUUGGAUCCCACAGCAGGCGUCAAGUACCCAACCAGCCCUCCUGCAACAGAAGCAGAGCAGUUUGUGCCCAGACUAACAGCCUCUUCGGAAUCGGGGCAGAGCACGUCCUCUUCAGCCAUGGGUUCGCCGCAGCUCGCUGCUCAGUAUGUCCAACAGGAGCCAUGGAAUCCGCUGUUUUCAAAUCACGUCCUGGGCAUGUCGCAUGAUAUGUCCUCAGAGAUCUUCGCGCGUGAGCCGUUUUUCACCUCCGGCAUGGAACAGGAGUCUGUACUGGCCGCAAAGAUGCCGGGCUUUGUCGAUCCUUCGAACCUAGCGCAGUGGGGAUCGCCAAUGUCUUUCCCUACUUAUCCUGAUCCAACGUCGACAAUGUCACCCAGCCUUAUUCAACAGCCUCCGUCGCCCGCUUUAUCGCACAGCUCCUCGAGGAGUCAAGUCGGUAAGGCUCCACGCCAGUCUCCGCAUCACUCGCCGUACCUUAGCACGCAGCCAUACAGUCUUCUGCAGCCGGGCCGCCGCAUGUCCACUACGUCUCUGACAUCCCAUCGAUCACAGAACAGCCAUCGAAGUGGCAGCUAUGAAAUUAACGAGGAAGAUAAGGAGAAGGGCGUUUGCCCUAUCCCCGACUGUGGCCGCUCUUUCAAGGACUUGAAGGCUCACAUGCUUACACACCAGACUGAGCGUCCGGAAAAGUGCCCGAUCCAGACGUGCGAAUACCACGUCAAAGGAUUCGCCCGCAAAUAUGACAAGAACAGGCACACUUUGACUCAUUACAAGGGCACCAUGGUAUGUGGCUUCUGCCCGGGCUCUGGAACAGCCGCCGAGAAGAGCUUCAACCGCGCAGACGUGUUCAAGCGCCAUCUAACUUCUGUUCACAAUGUCGAGCAAACGGCACCCAACAGCCGCCGCAAGAGUCCCAGUUCCGCUGGCAAGAGAAACAACUCCACACCUUCCGUCACGGGUACUUGUUCAACUUGCAGCGUCACCUUCGCGAGCCCACAAGACUUCUACGAACACUUGGAUGACUGCGUGCUGCGCGUCGUCCAGCAGAUCGACCCUGCAGAAGACAUUAACCAGAAGAACCUGUCAUCAAUCGCCGAGGAUGAGCAAGUCAUUGAGACGCUUGAAAAUCACGGACUUCCAUCAACAGAUUAUUCAGCGCCAUCGAAUUACGAUGACGACGAGGAGAUGGACGACGACGAUGCUGAGGCUGAUGACGACCGGGAUGCCUCCUAUGGCUCGCGCGCAGCUCGCUCUGGAAAGGGCACCAUGAAGGCAAAUCGGCGAGGCAAUCAAAGUUGA